AUGUCAUCAGUUGCUAAACAAGCUGCCAGAAAAGUUGAUUUCAACAAACUUGUUAAUGGAUUAGGAUUAACUGGAUCUACUGCUGCUUCAUUAACUGCUUUCAAGAAAAGACAUGAUGAUGCCAAAAAAGAAUUUAUUGAUUUAUCUAGUCAAUCUACUGAUAUUGAUUUCAAUCAUUAUAGAUCAGUUUUAAAAAAUUCUAAAGUUGUUGAUGAAAUUGAAAAAGCUGUUAAUGGUUUUAAACCAGUUACUAUUGAUGUUUCUAAAAAUUUGAAAAAUAUUGAAAUUUUUGAACUGAAAGCCAUUGAAAAUGCUAAAUUAACUGAAAAAUCAGUAUUAGAAGAAAUUUCUGUUUUACAAAAAACUUUGAAAGAAAUUGAAAGUGCUAGACCAUUUGAUCAAUUAACUGUUGAUGAUGUUGCUGCUGCUUCUGAUUUAGAAGAAAAAGUUACUUAUAUGGUUAAGAAUGGUAAAUGGGAAGUUCCUGGUUAUAGAGAAAAAUUCGGUGAUUUGGCUGCUAUGUAA